CCUACCCCUACCGUCCUCUUCCCUUGAGUUUGUCGCUAACUUCAUGCAGAUAAACUGAAAAUAUUUCUGAACGAAUUUACCAUUGUCAAGUUUGACGUUUAUUUCGGUAUGUUCCCGCCAAAAAUAUUUCUAUAUAUCAAAACAACACGCGUAAAAAGUGGUUAUUUAUUUCUACAUUUCUAAAGUCAGCUCUAUUAAUAAAUAUUCCUUGUGAUAAUAACUUCACUGUACACAAAAAACAUCGUGAUUUUAUACUUAGUCUAGUAGAUCAACAUAAUUUUAUUUCAUCUUGAGAUCGAAGCUCGUGUGGGAAUAAUGAAGCUGAAAAGAGGAGCUUUGAUCGUUAUUGAAGGGGUGGAUAGGACUGGCAAGUCUACACAAGCUAAAUCACUUGUUGAAAGCCUGAAGAAGAAACAAGUUAAAGCAGAAUAUACCAAUUUUCCGGCACGAUACACUGAGAUCGGCAAAGUUAUUAACAACUACUUGACAUCAAAGACAGACUUAUCAAAUGAGACCAUACACCUCUUAUUCUCGGCCAAUCGCUGGGAGACGGCUAAGAACAUAAUUCAGACACUGGAGCAAGGAACCAGCAUCAUUGUUGAUAGAUACUGCUAUUCUGGAGUAGCGUUCUCUGCUGCUAAAGGUCUGGAUAUAGAUUGGUGUAAGGCACCAGACAGGGGUUUGCCCAAACCUGACAAGGUAUUCUUCUUGACCAUGCCUUUGGAGAAUGUAAUGCAGAGAAAUGGAUUUGGUAAUGAAAGAUAUGAGGUGCCAGAAUUCCAAAAUAGAGUAUCAGAAAUGUACACUCUAUUGAAAGAUGAUUCUUGGGAAGUUUUAGAUGCAAGCAGAUCCAUCAAAGACAUUCAUGAAGAGUUACUGCAGAAAACUUUUAGUAUAAUAAAUACAGUUGGGGAAAAACCUAUAGGCAAGGUUUGGUUGGAUUAAUGUAUUAUUUAAUGUAGAUAAAUACCUAAUAAGUAAGUGAACAUUCAUAAUAGGUAGUAAAUAAACUUCUGAUAAAAAAAAUUCUGAUAAUACGUCAGAAAACAAAAAUAUGCGACAUUUUUUAAUGCUUUUUAAGUUAGAGAGUAAUUAAUUAUAGUAUGUAAUAUGAAUAGUGAAUAUUCAAAGUAGUGUUUUUGACAAGGAUCAUGUGUAUUUUUUUUUGUAAGUUAAUAAAUAAUGGACAUUCAAUUAA